GCGGUGCUCGUCGCGCUCAGGCGCACGCCGGACCAAGAUGGCGACGCUAUCAAUACAAUAAGUUCGAAAUUCAAAUGUGAAGGCUCUAAAUAGAAGUUCCAUUAGCUUCGUUAUCGAAAGUGCUUGAGAACAUUUUCAAGAGCAUGUUAAUACCCUCCAUGGUUAUGACUCAGAUAUGGUUAUGUGUUUUAUUUUAUGGAGAUGCACAAUAUUCAUGUGAUGCCAAGAUGGUUUAAACGGAAAAGCAAAACUACGCUGGAACGUGUUUUAUUAGGCGUGUAGGCGGUAAGGCUCGGGCGCGGCUACUCGCGGUCGACCCUUACUAACAGGUGAGGAGGCGACGCCACAUGAACAUGAUACUAAGGUUACAGUGCCCGUUCACGCAGACAUCGCUUGCUAGUUUACGACAAGCGCCCGCCUCCGGGCACUCCGCCGGGCCGGCCUGGUGGACCAUGAUGAACGGCGUCGGCGGCACGCUCUACGAAGAGCCGCAUCCCUCGCCCCCAGGGGGCUCACCUCCGGCCGCCCCUGCAGCAGCUCCGCCGUCUGCAUCCAGCGCCUCCCCGGCUUCGGUUGGUUCUAACCCGCCCCAGCCCUUGCACAUACCGGCUAAGCGCUAUGAGCCCGAGCCUGGUGUUAUAAGGCACGCUCAGCAGUCAUGGGGAUAUCCACCAGAUGCGGCUGCAUCUUUCGAGCACCAGUACCCGGCUGGGCCUACUUAUUAUAAUUUACCAGUUGAGAGAGAACGCAAGUCCGCUUUACCCUUCUGGCCUGCGAGUGGAGGAGACUAUAAACCCUACGCUGAUGGCUGUCAUCAAGGUUUUUCGCAGCCUUGCUGGAAUUACCCUUACGGGACCCCGCGGAGUGACCAGCCCCUUCCUUACGUCGGUGGAGAAGAACGUCGAGCUACCGUCUCCGAGGCUUCCGGGUUCUCCCAUGAUGCCUAUGGUCUGCGAAACUACGCACCUGAUUCUGUAUCGAGUGGACCAUAUCCUCCUCCGAGCGGGUUACCAGGCUCGCUGUCGAUGUCUGUCGGUGUCGGCGUAGGCUGUGGGUCCUCAAAUCCACUGGACUGGACCGGUCAAGUAACCGUGCGGAAAAAACGCAAGCCAUAUUCAAAGUUCCAAACCCUUGAAUUAGAAAAAGAGUUCCUUUUUAAUGCAUACGUGUCGAAGCAGAAGAGAUGGGAGCUCGCACGAAACCUAAACUUGACGGAGCGGCAGGUGAAAAUAUGGUUUCAGAACAGACGAAUGAAGAACAAGAAGAAUUCGCAGAGGCAAGCUGCGCAGGCGGCACAGAAUAAUAACAAUAACUCGAAUGCCAAUAACCACAACCACCACGGGGGACACCACCACCCGGCACACCACGUGGCCUUGCACCACGCGGCACCAGCCAAACACCAUCAGUGACCCGCGCCCUUCUCUGGGACUUACCCCCUUCACCAUGGUAUAGCCAGCUAAAUCCGCGGAAGGCCCAGUUGAGAAAGACUCAGUGUGUUGUGUGCGAUGCUCGUACUUUAGGUUUGACGUCCAAUGCUUGUUACCGAGUAGAUUGCUGUACCGUGACGUACGUAAUCGGACGCUAAGCCGGCCAGAUGCCGGUGCGCCGCGAGUCCCAGAGAAUCUCAUAGUAAGAUAAUCAUUGUGUUGUCGAUUUGUGUAUAGUAUUAAUUACGAAAUGUUCUUGUAAUUUUAACGAUUUAAGUGUAUGAGUAGUUACGAUUCCUGAUAUUGUUAGAAGCUUAGAUUAGUGCAGAUGUAUUUGGAAAUUAUUUAAGUAUCAAUCGAACGAUUUCUAGUUAGUUUUAUUGAACGACAUUUGUAUAAUAUAUGUGAGACUGCUUUAUUGUUGUAUUCUUAUCAUUGUUCGGAAAGUGGUUGUCUGAAUCAGUUACAUUUAUUUUCGUUACCAAAUUGUUGAAUUACUGGGUUGCUUUUGUGACAGUUACUGAUAUUUUUGUACUGCAAUAUGGAAGUAGAGUUAUUUGUGAGAGAGCAGCCAUUUAGUCAAUUAAGUACCUUAUUAUCACAACGACUCUAUUCCCUUAUAACUUGUAAACGUAUUCGAAAGCAAACACUUUGAUCAAAUAUUUAUUACUGUUUAAUUUCGUCAUUUUGUUAUUUUAAAUUAUGGAUUUCUGAAAAAGCUUUAACUCGGUUCCAGUAGUUAUACAUUAAGUUACUGUUAUUUGAAAAUAUUGAAGUUGAUGUUAUAAUCAAUAUAAUUAGGUAAAAUGGGCGAGUGCAUUAUAUUGUCCUCUCGUGUACUGUUCGCUUAAGCCGAUCUGCAAUUUUUUGUUUUAGAUAUUUUAUUAUUUAUUUAUACAAUUGUACUAUGCAGUCUAAUUUUAUAAUUAUUGUAUCUUGCUCUACAUCGAAUAAAAUAGAAUUUGUACAGUUAUUAGAGAUAUAAUAAGUAUCACCUAUGACAAAAGUCAUACCAGUUAGAUUGUCAAUGUAUUUAGCUACUUACAUCUUUCCUAUUUUAUCGUAUAUCUAUUAAAUGUUCUAUCGUAAACUUUGUAGUUCGCUAAAUCUUGUUCUAGACAUAGGUGUUUUGUACAAUAUGGCGACCUCAUCUAGGUGACCGAAUUUCUACGUACAAGGCAUCUUUUAAAUAUUAAAAGGUAUUACAACACUUAUAACCACAUCUUAUAUUAUUAAACAAUGAUAAAUGAAGUAGGUUCCGCUGAGUAGCGCCUGUUUCAUGAUCCUUAUAACGACCUUAUGAACUAGGUGUGGUUAUGAUGUAUAAUCUUUGACGUGUCGAUUUUGUAGUCUCUGAUUAGGGGUAUUGAAAAGCAAAUUAUGAUUAUAUGGCAACAAUUUUAACACAAGUAGAGAUGUAGUUUUUACUCGUAACUAGUUUUUGAUUUACCUAUGUAUUAUCUGAAAUUACUACAUUAAAAAUAACAAUGAAAUACACCCAAAUAGAUAGAUACAUAUUCUCUAUAGUGUUUUUAAGACAACCAUACACAAUGCUCUUGUUUAGCUAUUAUAUUGAAUUUCACUAAAUCUAUAGAAUAAUUUCUUUUCGCAAGAAUUAUUGCUUUUCAUAUAUUCCUAAUACAUGUAAAAUAUCUCAGUAGCAGUUCAAGAUUAACCGUUCUUGAUAACAUUGUACAGAUAAAUUAAUUUAGUUAUUUAAUCACGCCCAAAAGUGUGAGAUUUUGAUAAGUAACGAUGUAUAAUAAUAAAAAAUGAAUGUUCUCGACAGUAUGACGAAUUUAGAAAAGAAUGUAUGAAAGGAAAAAAUUAAAUAUUUCGUCGUGUC